AUGAGGUUGGUAUCCAAGAGAAGAGUUAGAUUUAUUGUAUUUAUUUUGCUUGCUGCUUCCACCGUGUUCAUAGUAUCGAGAUGUAUCGUCCACUUCCAAUACAACGAGGAAAUAAAGUACUAUAAAAAGUAUUUUCAGCAAAAAAAAGACGGCCUUCAAAAAAUAUAUAAUCCCUUAGAAAUCAAAGAGAUACCUAGACAAACAAUAGAUGAUUUAUACGCCAAACGUUUGGAUAAGGAGCGGAAAGGAAAUGAGGUAAUUGAGUGGUCGAAGCUGGCAUACGUGAAUUACGUGACAGAUGCGGAUUACCUGUGUAAUACGCUGAUCAUUUUUAAUGAUCUGAAGCAGCGCUUUGGAACAAAGGCGAAAUUAGUUCUUUUGCUAUCUAGAGACAUACUAGAUUCAAGCAUCUCUACAGAGUUGGGACAUAUCAAUUCACUUCUUGCUAAGAUUCGGGCCAUAGACGAGGACCAAGUUGUCAUCAAACUGAUUGAUAAUAUUGUCAAACCAGAUGAUACUACAUCCUGGAAUGAAAGUUUAACCAAAUUAUUGGUCUUCAAUCAAACUGAAUUUGACCGUGUGAUUUAUCUUGAUAACGAUGCCGCUUUGAGGUCAAGUCUGGAUGAGUUGUUCUUUUUACCGCAGUACAUCAAAUUUGCAGCACCUUUAACAUAUUGGUUUUUAUCUGAACACGAUUUGGAGAAAUCGUACCAUGAAACGAAAUACCGUGAAAAGCAACCUAUCAAUCUCAAGUCAUACACCAAAGUGUUGACUACAAGAAUUAACAAAGGCCAGAUGAUCUACAACCAUUUACCAAGCUUACCGCAUGCAUUAUACUUGAACUCGAAUAACAUCGCUCAAGAUAUCAUAAGUUCUACGUUUUCACUAUUUUCGUUGUUUGACUUUCAAAGUGGUAGAAAAGCCAGCAAAUUGAAAUUCGCUUCCAAUUUGAUGGUCAUUAAUCCCUCGAAGGAAGCAUUUGAUGAAAUUGCGCAUGUCACGCUGCCCAAGAUAUUAAACAAGAAGGAAAAAUACGAUAUGGAUUUGAUUAAUGAAGAAAUGUACAAUUUGAAGAGGAUUAUUUAUAACCAGUUUAUGUUCUUUAGAAAAGUUAGGAAACUUUUUGAGCCAGAGGUUUUGGUUUUGCCGUUUGGAAGGUACGGUCUUUUAACGGGAUCGUUGAGGAACCCACAGCACUAUCCCAUGAUUUUCAAUGAUGUUUUAGGUUAUAAAACCUUGGACGAGAAUGGUGGUGACGUUUCAAGAGAUUUAAAUGACACUGUCGCAUAUUCUAAGUAUAUACAUUUUUCAGACUAUCCAAUACUUAAGCCCUGGUUAUACCAUUCGACGAAGGACUUCAAAUGUAUUGUAGAAGGAAAGGCUGAGGAUCAUGAUGCAGAGCUUCAAGCUUGUGAUAUUUGGAACUCGAUCUACGCGUCCUACAUACAAUCACGAGAAAUUUGUUCUGUUUGA